UUUUUGUAAACGAGCUGAUGAUGAAUUUCAAGUUCUUCCAACAGUCAGCUAAUCAAUCUAGAAUAGGCUUUCACUGAGAGCACAAACAAAGUCAGGAAUUCAAGUAAGGCGCGCGAUACAAUCACACAAAAUCCAUUAACAUUUCAAAUUUUCUUUAUGCACUUUACAGGAAUUGGUAUAAUCGAGAAUCAUUUUUCCUUUGUGGAACAAAAACGCGAAAGUCUUAAGGAUAUAUCUUCAUAUUGAGCUCAGCAUUUGUGCAAAGUCGUCGAAUAUUUUGAUGUGACUAUUGAAAGUCGCAUCGUCUGUCUGCUUCUCGUGACCUCGUCUUCAUCAUCUACCGCAUCAUGCCCUACUACACUGGCAGAAGCGACGAGCAGCUGGGCAACUCGAUGCGUUUGCAGAUCAGGGCCUCUAUCGCCUGGUCGUCGGAGCGUAAUAUGGUCGCCAAGUUGACGCCGUUGGUGUGCACUUUGAUUGCCGCUGGCUUUACCUAUGGCUAUACAUCGAAAUUCAUUGAACCCUGCGCGUAUCCGACGCGCGAUGUUUUCUUUUCGCGUUACAUCAAGAGCGGAUGCACCAAGGCGGAGAUGAAGGCAUUGGACACCAUAAGUAUUGGUGUUUUGAUCAUUUUGCUCACCUACAUCGAUUUCUAAUCUGAAAUCCAUCUGAAUUGUGGCAAAAGAAUAUGAGAAAGUAGAAGAGAAAAAGGUUCCUAAACGUAAACGU